AUAUCGUCCUCAGCAAAGGAGGUGUUGCCUCUGCUCCAGCCUUGCAAAGCGACUGCUCUCAGCUGCUUAAUUUUGAGGAAGAUACUGUUUAGGGAAAGACACAUGAGCCUGAAAAAGCUGCAGCUAUCUUGUUGGGAUGUAGACAAGGGUCUAUAUUUGGUUAGGUGAAAAGGAGAUAAAGAAACCGAAAUACAGAGUUAGUCAUGAUUGUGUGUGUCGAAUGACAUUUUAAACAAGUCUUUAAAGAUAAUUUUGGAAAGCAAGAGUAUGUGGCUUUUGCAUGAUCACUAAAAGAUACCCUCACGACGUUCGGUCCGAAGGUGUGCAGAUGGGUUCCGGGCUCCGCCUGACACUUCUGGGGAUGGUCUUACACCUGGAUUCAAAACGGGAACAGCUUGGAUGCUUGUGUUGAAGAUACUCGUCCAGACUUUACAUAUUUCUGUUCCAUUAAAUGUGACAGUGGAAAAAGUCUUUGUUCGGCUUCCCUGCUGGGCAGAGUGACUUCACGGGGCCCUCGCUUGCGCCCAGCCACGUGGGCGUGUCCAGCGCAGGGACUGCACAGAGGCCGGGACCCGGCUUGCCUUGAAAGGGGACUCUGCCCCGGUUUUGGUGGCAGACACUCCACCCUGGUCACGGGGCAGGGUCUAACUUCAACACUGGUCCCCUUCCCACGGGCAGUGCGGGACACCUGGUUCCUUGGGGCGGGGACUGACCCGGAGCUCCCGCCCCGCGCGCCCCGGCCCCACCUCCAGGGGCGGCCCGGCCCGCUCACCGCUCCUUCGGCGGGCGGCCGCGCGGCAGGCCAUGUCCGGGACGACGACGGGGGACGGGCCCGGGGCCGCCCUGGCCCCGGCCCUGGACGCGCUGCGCGGCUACCGCGUCUACGCGCGCCGCUGGGUCUUCCUGCUGGUGCUCAGCCUGCUCAGCUGCUCCAAUGCCACGCUGUGGCUCAGCUUCGCACCCGUGGCCGAUACAAUCGCCCAGCACUUCCUCCUGUCCACCGAGCAGAUCAACUGGCUCUCACUGGUCUUCCUUGUGGUGUCCAUACCAUCCGGCGUGGUGGCCAUCUGGGUUCUGGACUCCUUUGGGCUCCGCUGGGCGACCAUCCUAUGUGCGUGGCUGAACUUUGCCGGGAGCGUGCUGCGUACCCUGUCAAACACGAGAAUGGGGACCCAGGCCCCGUUUGCCUUCCUCAUGAGCGGGCAGAGCCUCUGCGCCCUGGCCCAGACCCUGGUCAUCUUCUCUCCUGCCAAGCUGGCCGCCGUGUGGUUCCCUGAGCACCAGCGAGCCACGGCCAACAUGAUCGGCACAAUGUCAAACCCCCUGGGCAUCCUGGUGGCCAACCUGCUGUCGCCUGCCCUGGUGAAGAAGGGCAUCUCCAUCAUGCUGGGCACCUACGUCAUCCCUGCCGGCCUUGCCUGCCUGCUGGCCACCGUGUGCCUCUGGGAGAGCGUGCCCCCCACCCCGCCCUCCGCCGGGGCUGCCCACUCCACCUCAGAGAAGUUCCUGGAUGGGCUGAAGCUGCUCGUGAGGAACAAGGCCUACGUCAUCCUGGCAGUCUGCUUCGGGGGUGGCAUCGGCAUCUUCUCCAGUUUUUCGGCCCUUCUGGAGCAGGUCCUCUGUGUGAACGGCUACUCCAACGAGUUUGCAGGCCUCUGUGGUGCUCUUUUUAUCGCGUUUGGGAUCCUGGGUGCGCUGGUUCUCGGCCUGUACGUGGACCGGACCAAGCAUUUCACUGAAACCGUCAAGGUCGGCUUCUGUCUCACCUCUGUGGUCUGCGUGGCCUUUGCCCUGGUGUCCCAGCUGCGGGGACAGAUGCUUGCGCUGGCCGCCAUCUGCUCACUGCUUGGGCUCUUCGGCUUCUCUGUGGCGCCUGUUGCCAUGGAGCUGGCAGUGGAGUGCUCCUUCCCGGUGGGUGAGGGCGCGGCCGCAGGCCUGGUCUUCGUGCUGGGGCAGGCCGAGGGGAUGCUCGUCAUGCUGCUGCUGACCGCCCUGACCGUGCGUCGAGCGCAGCCUUCCUUCUCCACCUGCCGGGAUGGCCAGGACCCAUUGGACUGGAGAGACUGGCUGUGUCUCCCCAGUGUCCAUGCUGCUGAUGGCCGGCCUGUGUACCGUCUUCAGCUGCUGCUUGGUGUUCUUCUUCCAUACCCCCUACCGGCGCCUGCAGGCCGAGGCCGGCACAAGCCCUUCCAUCCAGGAAGGGUGCCCAGCAGCUGCAGACCACGUGCCAUACCAGCGCUUGCAGGCCGAGGCCGGCACGAGCCCCUCCAUCCAGGAGGGGUGCCCGGCAGAGAGCCCCUGAGGCCAUGGCUCGGCCCCCAUGGCCCUAGCAGGCACUGCAGGCGGCUGGGAGGCCCUGCCCUGGUCCAGAGGUUGAGGCAGCAGUCGUGUGUGGAAAAGCCAGCCUGGGGGCGGGAGGGGAGGGGGCAGGCAGGCUCUGGUCACCUCACUGUGCCAGCCACAGCCAAACCUGGGCAGGGUGUCAGUGUCCCAUGGAUGCCACGGGGCCUCGGGGCCUCUGCACACCCAGGGCACAGAGGAUGGCCCCGGGAACAUCUGUGGCUAGAGCUGCUGUGUAGACAAGCUGCCACUGACCUGGCAGGAUGCCCCAGGGGCCAGGUCACACCAACAGGGGCUGGCGCAGGGGCAGCGCGAGGGGCACGGGCAGAGGGGGAGCUGAACGAGUUGGGGAUCCUGAGAGCACCCAGCACAGCUGAGCUGGGAGUUGAUGGUCGUGAAGGAGCCCGUUGCAGAGCUCUCAGCCUCUGGUCACUGAGUGACCAGAACCCCAGCCUGGGCGCUGGGAUGGGUGGGGACAGCAGUGGGGCCAGGCUGGGCUGAGCGGGGGACACAGGAGGAGGGCCCAUGGCAGACGCCCCCACAGACACUCGCAGGCAGGCGUGUGGGCUCAGGUUUAUUGAUUUGAUCAUGGCUCCAACGUGUGGCCG